UAAUUGUAUUCAAACACUGUAGCUCUUUGGGUUGUUGUGAAUAUUAACACCCUGCUACAGAUCGCAUAGACACAGACACACCUACAGAACCAGUAGUAAUAGUAACUCCGACUGGCGCUAAUUUUGAAUUUGAAUCAGUUCGUUCAUUGAGAAACAAUGUCAAACCAUGAGCCUCUAUUUCUUUGUGUUUUUUAUGUUUGGAGUCUUUCCAAAAGGUGUGAGGUCUCAGGUUCAGACUCAUCAGACUGUGAUGGGAGCUGUAGGAGAAGAGGCUCAUUUCAGCUGUUUGCUCACUGAAUCUAAAGACGUUCUUCAAGUCACGUGGCAGAAGAUUUUACCUACUUUUGACAAGAAUGUGGCAACUUACAAUAAGUUUGGCCAAAGAGUGGAUCCUGAUUUUAAAAAUAAAGUGAAAUUUAAAGUCACUGAACUACAGAAUAGCUCCAUAGUUAUCAGCAGUGUGACAGAGCAUGAUGAAGGUUGUUACCUGUGUCUGUUUAUCACCUACCCUGAAGGAGCGUUUAAAGGAAGAACCUGCCUCCAAGUUUGUGAGCUUCAUGAGCCCAUUCUUCAUGUCAGAGGAUCCAACUCUUCUGAAGAGUCCCUUGUUUCCUGCUCAGUCACAGCUCGACCUGCUCCCACAGUAACACUGACUGUCACACAGCAGCACCUCUACUUCUCCCACUACAGCACCGUCACUGUCACCAACGCCAACAACACACUCACUGUCACCAAGACAGCUGUGCUGUCUGGUCUCCAUGGCAACGGCACACAGGUUGGAUGUGCAGUGAGAGUCCCCUCUGGUCCUCAGAAAGAGGUGUUUAUGAAUAUUACUGAGGUUAAACCAAAGUCUACUGAUGGGUUUGAUGAAGAAGAUGAAAACAGCAACAAGAGAAGGAGAUGGAUUUUGAUAGUGGUCGUUGGUUUGAUUGUUUUGGGUUUGUCCAUCAUUGUACUGCCUUUACUAUUCAAGAGGUUCUUCUUCUAUUCUUCUUUUCAUCAUGUUUUUUCACCUGUCACUAAGAAAAACCUUCAAUCUACUACUGAAGACACUAAUAACAAAGACACCAUAAACCGAACACCUUCAGAAGAAGACACUAAUUCGUCCAAGGUACAAGAAGGACUCUUUACACCUUCAGUAACGCAGAAAACCGAGGUCAGAAAACGAACCCCUCCUAAAGGAAAAGAAGAAAGUGUAUCUCUGCACCUCAUGGAUGGAAUCAACUGUGGCACUUUUGGUCUAUCUGCCCACUUCAAUGACGAGAUCUUGCCAAUGGUCAUCUAA